ACAAACCCUCCCAGCAAGAAGAAAGAAUUGUCAACCUCUCUCUAUAAAUUAGGAUCCACCACGACUUCAACUUUCCAAUAACGCUCACUCUCUCCCUAACUUUCUCUCUCUAGGACCCAACAAUGGGGUCCCUCAACUGCUCGGCCGCCCAACUGGCCCAAUUCUUUGGCCCCAACACCACCAACGCAGCGGCCGCCGCAGCCUACAUCUGCAACCAAUUCACCAACGUUUCUGACAACUUCAGCGCCGUCUCCGACAGGUUCACCGACACCAACUUCGCCGUCGACACCACCUACCUCCUCUUCUCUGCCUACCUCGUCUUCUCCAUGCAGCUCGGCUUCGCUAUGCUCUGCGCUGGCUCUGUCCGUGCCAAAAACACCAUGAACAUCAUGCUCACCAACGUUCUCGACGCCGCCACCGGUGGCCUCUUCUACUACCUUUUUGGCUUUGCCUUCGCCUUCGGCACCGGUUCCUCCUCCAACGCCUUCAUCGGCCACCACUUCUUCGGCCUCAAAAAUGUUCCGACCUCUGCCUUCGAUUACAGCAACUUCCUCUACCAAUGGGCGUUCGCCAUCGCCGCCGCCGGAAUAACCAGUGGCUCCAUCGCCGAACGAACCCAGUUCGUCGCCUAUUUGAUCUAUUCAUCUUUCUUGACGGGGUUCGUCUACCCGGUCGUGUCACAUUGGUUCUGGUCCGGCGAUGGGUGGGCCGGAGCUGCGAGGACCUCCGGCGAUCUAUUGUUCGGAUCCGGCGUCAUCGAUUUUGCCGGAUCCGGGGUUGUCCACAUGGUGGGUGGUAUUGCGGGUUUGUGGGGUGCUCUCAUUGAAGGACCGAGAAUCGGCCGGUUCGACCACUCGGGCCGAUCCGUAGCGCUCCGAGGACACAGUGCAUCUCUGGUAGUUCUCGGCACAUUCUUGCUUUGGUUUGGUUGGUACGGGUUCAACCCGGGUUCGUUUAACAAGAUUGCGGUCACGUAUGCUGGUGGCGGGAGCUAUUACGGCCAGUGGAGCGCCGUCGGAAGGACCGCCGUGACAACGACUCUGGCGGGUUGCACGGCAGCGCUGACGACCCUUUUCGGGAAACGUUGGUUGUCGGGUCACUGGAAUGUUACAGAUGUGUGUAAUGGGCUUCUGGGUGGGUUCGCUGCCAUCACUGCAGGGUGCUCGGUGGUGGAGCCUUGGGCCGCAAUCAUAUGCGGGUUCGUGGCAGCGUUGGUGCUGAUCGGCUGCAACAAGCUGGCGGAGAUGAUGAAAUUCGACGACCCAUUAGAGGCUGCGCAACUCCACGGCGGUUGCGGAGCGUGGGGUAUUAUUUUCACGGCGCUGUUCGCGACGAAGAAGUACGUCCAUGAAGUGUACGGGGGGACGGAUCGGCCUUAUGGUUUGUUCAUGGGUGGUGGUGGAAAGCUAUUGGCAGCUCAUAUAAUCCAGAUUCUGGUGAUUAUCGGGUGGGUCAGUGUCACAAUGGGUACAUUGUUCUAUGUUCUUCACAAGCUCAAGCUUCUUCGGAUCUCGGCGGAUGACGAAAUGUCGGGUAUGGAUCUGACCCGACAUGGUGGGUUUGCUUAUGUGUAUGAAGAAGAUGAUUCACUUAAACAAGGUGGUGGAUUCGCAAUGAAGAAGAUAGGACCUGCUGGUUCAAAUUGAAACAAUUAAUUUUUAUUUUUUUGGUUUUGGUUGGUUAUUAUUAUUAGUUGUGAAGAUUGAAAAUUAAGUGUGUGAUAUAAUUUUAGGGUUUAUCUUAUGGUUGGAAUGGAGAUAAUGAAAACAUGGACCGUAUUUAUUUGUUGUC